AUGCAUCCUCACGUCCUCUGCCUAGGGCUGCUGCUUGCUAGUAGUAAUGCAGCUGCAGUUUCCAGCACUGCCAGUUCUACAGCUGCAUCCCCUCUGGUGACCACUCUGAACAUCACUGUAGAAGAUUUAUGGAACCUAUAUAUUGGCCCCGUUGAGACUGCCUCGAUCAACACCACCGUUGAACCUACUCCAAUUCCAUCUGCCGAACUGAUCCCCCCUCCCCCACUCUACUACCCCUCCUACUUACCAGGAGCCCAGAUCCCAGGACUACGAAGAAACGAAAGCUGGUCAUUCCCCAAAGGGUUCUGGUGGGGCGUAUCAAGCGCCUCAUAUCAAGUCGAAGGGGCCGUCAAAGCAGAUGGCCGGGGCCCUAGCUUAUGGGAUGCAUUUACCCACCGAGCCAUGAGCGUAGCCGACAACCAGACAGGAGAUGUCGCGAUUAACCAGUAUUACAUGUACAAGCAAGACAUCCAACGCAUCGCCGCGAUGGGCGUACCAGCAUACUCCUUCUCUGUCUCCUGGUCCAGAAUCUUCCCCUUCGGCAACGGCCCCAUCAACGAAGCAGGUCUGCAGUACUAUGACGACGUAAUCAACACCUGCCUAGAAUACGGCGUCAAACCCCAAGUGACACUGUACCAUUGGGACCUGCCCUUAUACCUCCAGCUCUCCUACGGAGGCUGGACAAGCGAAAAGAUCGUCGACGACUUCGUCGCCUAUGCCAAGGUCCUCUUAGAGCGAUGGGGCGACAAAGUCUGGCAAUGGUACACAUUCAACGAACCGCACUCCUUCUGCGGCGAAUACCCAGUACCAGAUGGAUAUUUCCCGCGCACCACGUCCAUCCCCGACGUCCAGCAACCCUACUGGUGCGGACACUACAUGCUUAUCGCCGCGGGAAAAACAUACCAACUUGCACGUUCAAUGAACAUCACAGCACCCAUCAGCAUCAAGAAUAACGGCGGCUACAAGCUCCCUCGAACUGCUUCCCCAGAAGACGCAGAAGCCGUCGAGCGCGCCUGGGCAUUCAACGAAGGAUGGUUCGCGGACCCCCUGUUCCUAGGCGACUAUCCAUCCCGGCUGAAGAACUUCACCUCGAGCUUCUUACCCGAGUUCACGACCGAAGAGCGGGACAUGAUCAAGGGAGCAAGUGAUUACUUCGCGCACGACGCCUACACAGCGGCAUACUACAUGGCACCUGAUGCAGGGAUCGAGGGGUGUCUGUCUGACCCCAGUAACAGCCUAUACCCGGAAUGCUAUAAUUCCUCCUAUACGUUGCCAGAAUCCGAAGGCGGUUGGCUUGUUGGCCCGGCGUCCGAUCCUAAUACCCGCUGGCUUCAUAAGGCUACUGAGUGGCUGCCUCAGUUCCUGCACUAUAUCCAGGAUACGUGGAAGCCCGAGAAUGGCAUAGCCAUCACUGAGUUCGGAUUUUCGGAGCCGUUUGAGGCGUAUAAGACUCUGCGCGAGGAUAUAUUGACGGAUCCUUUGAGGACGCUCUAUUACCACGACUAUGUGCAGGCAAUGUUGAUGGCUGUCGCCGAGGGGGUUAAACUUGUGGGAUGUUCGGCUUGGAGCAUUGCUGAUAAUAUUGAGUGGACUGCGGGGUUUACUGUUAAGUUUGGAUUGCAGUAUGUCAAUUUGACCACGCAAGAGCGCUUCUACAAGGCUAGUUUCUUUGAACUGGCAAAUUUGUUCCGGACAUAUAUCAAGGAGUAG